UUGAUUUUGCGCAUGUUAGGCGUUCGUUGCAAGCGUUCGUUGAGAUUACGCCACUCUUGAUUUAUAAGUUUAAUAAUAUUGAGAGAAUCAUUUGUCAGAGGAAAAAUCAGUGGCACGCGGAAUGCAUGCUCUGAGAAAGUUGUCCAGUUCGUUCACACGGACGCUGCGACGUAACGUGCGACGAACCCUAACCUCUCAACCGGAUGCAACGACGAAUGCCGAAAAAGAUAAAGAAAAAACAAUAGUGGUGAAUCAAAUCGGUGAAGUGACCGCGAUCGGCAUCAACCGACCGGAAAAGCAGAACAGUUUAGACGUCGCAACCGCGCAGUUACUAUCAGAUACAUUGGACGAAUUUGAAGACAACGAGAAAACGUCGGUGGCGGUUUUGUACGGGGUAGGAGGUAACUUUUGCGCCGGCUAUGACCUUAGCGAGAUCGCGAGUUACGAUGGCAAAAACGAAGAGAGUAUACCACACUUUGGACAACUGGCGAAUAGAAACGAAUUGCCCAAGAAACCGUUGGUGGCAUGUUUGAGCGGAUACGCAGUUGGUAUUGGAUUCGAAUUAGCCUUAAUGUGCGACCUGAGAGUCAUGGAAGAUACAGCGAUGAUAGGUUUCUUGAAUAGACGUUUCGGCCUUCCAAUUCUAUGUGGAGGAACUGUCCGUUUGCCCGCCAUGGUCGGAUAUUCGAGGGCCAUGGAUCUCAUAUUGACCGGGAGACUGGUUACUGCAAAGGAAACACUCAAUUGGGGCAUUGCCAAUAAAAUCACCACCUGCGGCGCAGGUUUAGGCGUAUCUGUGAACUUGGCGAAGUCUCUCAUAAAAUUCCCAAUGAAGACCCUGCUCGCGGAUCGUGCGUCGACACAUUUCGCCACUUUUUCCGCGAAGCAGAUGGACGAGGCAUUGCAGUUCGAGAAAGAUAACGCCUCGCAUUUAGUGUUCGAGGAAGGUGUCUCGGGCGCUAAGAAAUUCGUCGAGGAUGGAAUAGGGAGGCACGGGAAAUUCUACAAUAUCAAAGCUGCCGAUGAGAGUAUCAGAGAACUCGAUGAGACUUUAUUGUAGAUGAAAAAUUUCGGUUUAUAUGGGCAUGUAUGUAACGAUCUGCUUUUUGUAAUAUCUUUCUGUAGAAACAUAGUCAUUCGUGUAAUAUCUGUAGAAACCUAGUCAUUCGUGUAAUAUCUAUGUAGAAACAUAGAUAUUACACGAAAAGCAGAUCGUUAUAUGCCCAUAUAAACCGACAUUUUUCAUACCUUAAGUUUAAUAAACCGUUCCAUUUGUACAACGUUAUUUUCUAUGACAUAGCGCUAUCAAUCGAGACAAUUUUAUAGGCUAUAACUUGGGCA